AUGUCGUCCCGGCCCGAGCUCAAGGUCGAGGACGAGACUGGGUUCAUUCGUUACUUCAAGUCCCUACCCACCGUCACAGAUGAAACCGUCAGGAUAUUCGACAGAGGCGAUUGGUAUACGGCCCAUGGCGAAGAUGCAAAUUUCAUUGCGAGAACAGUGUACAAGACAACGUCGGUAGUCCGACAACUCGGCCGAAACGAUGCGAGCGGUUUACCGUCGGUCACCAUGACCAUCACAGUAUUUAGACAAUUCCUUCGAGAAGCGCUCUUCAAGCUCGGCAAGAGGGUACAGAUAUAUGCCAGCAGCGGCGGACGCAUGAAUUGGAAGAUUGUGAAACAGGCGUCCCCUGGUAAUCUCCAAGAUGUCGAGGACGAAUUGGGCCAACACUUUGAGUCGGCACCCAUGAUUCUGGCUGUCAAGAUAUCGGCCAAACAGACCGAGGCGAGGAGCGUCGGAGUUUGCUUUGCAGAUGCCAGUGUACGGGAGUUGGGUGUGAGCGAGUUCCUCGACAACGACCUCUACUCCAACUUUGAGGCUUUGCUCAUUCAACUGGGCGUCAAGGAAUGUCUGCUGCAAUUCGACAAGUCUGAAAAGGAAAAGGACCCUGAACUCUCCAAGCUUAAGCAGAUCAUUGACAAUUGCGGAGUCGCCAUAUCCGAAAGACCCGCCGGCGACUUUGGCAUCAAAGAUAUUGAGCAGGACCUGGCAAGAUUGCUAAAGGAUGAGCGGUCUGCCAGCUUGCUGCCUCAAACUGACCUGAAGCUCGCCAUGGGCUCGGCCGCAGCUCUGAUCAAGUAUCUCAGUGUGAUGCAGGACCCUUCCAACUUUGGCCAAUAUCAGCUCUACCAGCACGACUUGGCGCAGUUUAUGAAACUGGACGCUGCCGCGCUGAAGGCCCUGAACCUCAUGCCCGGGGCGCGUGAUGGUGUCAAGAGUAUGAGCUUGUACGGUCUGCUCAACCACUGCAAAACACCCGUUGGGAGUCGCUUGCUGUCCCAGUGGCUCAAACAGCCCCUGAUGAACAGGGACGAGAUUGAAAAGCGUCUCGAAUUGGUCGAGGCGUUUGCAAAUGACACAGAACUACGACAGACUAUCCAAGAGGAGCAUCUGAAGUCUAUCCCUGAUCUGUACCGUCUGGCAAACCGCUUCCAGAGAAACAAGGCCAAUCUUGAGGAUGUUGUGAGAGCCUACCAAGUCGUUAUUCGGUUACCAGGGUUCCUCGGCACGUUCGAAGCAGUCAUGGAUGAGCAAUACAAAGAUCCUCUAGACCAAGCAUAUACCAUCAAGCUGCGGGAACUAUCCGAUAGUCUCGGAAAGCUUGCUGAGAUGGUGGAGACAACCGUGGAUCUCGAUGCUCUGGACAACCAUGAAUUCAUCAUCAAGCCCGAGUUUGAUGACCAGUUGCGGGUCAUUCGCAAGCGAUUGGACAAGUUGCGAUCUGACAUGGACCGGGAGUUUCGGGAUGCCGCAGACGACCUCGGCCAAGAAGAGAACAAGAAGAUAUUCAUGGAGAAUCAUAAAGUGCACGGCUGGUGUAUGCGCCUGACGCGAACCGAGGCCGGAUGCAUACGCAACAAGUCCAAGUACCAGGAAUGUUCGACCCAGAAGAACGGUGUAUACUUCACCACGAAAACGCUACAGGCUCUUCGGCGCGAGUUUGACCAACUGUCUCAAAACUACAACAGAACCCAGAGCAGUCUGGUCAAUGAAGUUGUGACCGUGGCCGCAUCGUACUGUCCUGUUAUUGAGCGGUUGGCAGGCGUACUUGCUCAUCUCGAUGUUAUCGUCUCGUUCGCUCACUGCUCUGUCCACGCCCCUACAUCCUAUGUACGCCCCCAAAUUCAUCCUCGUGGCGAAGGCCAGACUGUGCUCAAGGAAGCGCGUCAUCCUUGCUUGGAGAUGCAGGACGACAUUCAGUUCAUCACCAACGAUGUGGAGCUAGUCCGGGACUCGUCGUCUUUCCUCAUCAUCACCGGUCCCAAUAUGGGUGGUAAAUCUACGUACAUUCGCCAGAUUGGUGUCAUUGCUCUGAUGGCACAAAUCGGCUGUUUUGUACCUUGCACCGAGGCCGAGCUCACCAUUUUCGAUUCAAUUCUGGCCCGUGUCGGUGCCAGUGACUCUCAGCUGAAGGGCGUGUCGACAUUCAUGGCCGAAAUGCUCGAGACUGCAAACAUUCUCAAAUCCGCGACGGCCGAAUCGCUGAUUAUUAUUGAUGAGUUGGGUCGUGGUACUUCCACGUACGAUGGCUUUGGUCUCGCCUGGGCUAUUUCAGAGCAUAUUGUCAAGGAGAUUGGGUGUUCUGCUAUGUUCGCAACACACUUUCACGAGUUGACUGCACUUGCCGACACCUACUCCCAAGUUCGUAAUCUGCACGUUACGGCGCACAUUUCUGGCACCGACUCUACUGCCGAUAAGCGCGAGGUCACGCUCCUGUACAAGGUCGAGCCAGGCAUUUGCGACCAGAGUUUCGGCAUUCAUGUCGCAGAACUUGUCCGUUUCCCCGAUAAGGUCGUUCGCAUGGCCAAGCGCAAGGCCGACGAGCUCGAGGACUUUACUGGCAAGCAUGAACAAAACGGGUUGGGCGUAGGUUAUAGUAAGGAGGAUGUUGAGGAAGGUAGUGCUUUGCUCAAAGAAGUUCUCGUCAAAUGGAAAGAUCAGGUCCAGGGAGGCAGUAUGAGCAAGGAGGAGAUGGUCGCCAAGAUGAGAGACCUCGUGAAGAAUGACCAGCGCUUGCUCGCGAACCCAUUCUUCAAAGCUGUUGAAGCAUUGUAG